AUGGACGCAAGCACCGUUAUGGACACACUCCUCACCGGCAUGGGCUACGCCCAAACCGCCGUUCGCGAAACCACCCGCAUCGCUGGUCCCCGCCUGUACGCCCUCUCCCAGUCGCACCCAGACUUAACCUCGAUCUUCAUGCUCCUUGGUAUUCUCUGGCUCAGUAUGACUAUUCUCACUCGCGCCGGUAGGUUCAUGUACUCCACCGUAGUCAGCACCGUGAAAAUGGCCAUUUUCUCGGCUAUUGUUGCGUUUGUCUGGGCUAUUGUGCAAAAGGGACAGGGAUUGACCAGGGAAGAUGUGAUGGAGAUAUUGCAGACGGCAUAUGGACAGAUCAUUGGGAGCGUGCAGCAGUUCAUCCCGGGACAAAAGAAGGGUCCCUUGGGAUUGUGGUAG